AUCAUCACUUCACAAUCCGAUUCAGCAUUAGGCACCGAAUUGUCCGAUAGGAUCAGCUCGCGAUUGCGUGGUGAAAACUAAAUUAAAAUGGCACGGAAGGGAAUUUCGCAGAAAGAUAAGAUUCUCCAAAUAGUGGAGCAAAUACAAGAGGGCGAACUCAUUAUAUACAAAUGUGCAGUGGAUGUCGAUUGUGUCCCGAAAUGCAGUUAUGCACAAAAAAAAACUUUUUUGGCCAGUAACUUUAAACGGCACCUCCAAACAUCCCAUCCAGAUGCCUACAAAGGGCUGAACCUGGAUGAUAAACCAGAAGAAGAACCUGCCCCAAAGAAGCCGAAGGGUGCCAAACUGCUGGUUGACCUAGAAAAAAGAGACUGCUAUUUAGGAUUGUUACAACUAGUAACAAUUAACAAUUUACCGUUCAGCUUCAUCGAAUGGAUUGGCUCAAAAACAUUGAUACAUCCUGUGUUGAACGCAAUCGGGAACAAGUGGACACGUCAUCGCGUUGCGGCUUUCGUUAAAGCAGCCGCGGCAACCAUCCGCGAAAUUUUGCGAUCCCGAAUGCAAAAACGAAUGUUGAGUUUAAAAAUCGACUCCGCGUCGCGUCGUGGCAGGGCCAUUUUUGGAAUCAACGCUCAGUAUGCUGAUGAAGACGGCCAAGUACGGAUCAGACACCUAGCUGUGCGCGAGAUGAACGAGCGACAAACCAAGGAAAAUUUGUCAAACGUAAUACUCGAAGAGCUGAAUGAUCUCGGAUUGGACAUCAAUCACAUAUUCGCAAUUGCUCAUGACAACGGCGCCAAUAUGUGCGCAAGUGUCAAGCUUUUGAAAGCUCUAUCGAAACCUGGAUCAGAAGACGAAGCUGCUCUAAACAGCAUGUUACCAGCCGAAUUCGAGCUAUUGGAACAAUACGACAGGGAGCAAAGCCUAUUGAUGCCAGAUGAGGAAAACCUUGGUCUGAUGAGCAUGCUGCCCGCUGAGUUUGCCGAAUUCGACUCUGAUGACGCCCAAGAAGCAGACGUAAAGGUAAAAGAAGAACACAACAAGCAAAGCACUACCGAACAACAGGAAGACACAAACGAUUUCGAGAACGAGAAAGAUGGAACAUCUGACAUCCUUGUCAAUGACGACGAUUCAGAAGAGCCAGUUAUUCUGGACAGCAUCAGGUGUGGUGCUCAUACGGCGCAAUUGGUCGCAUACGAUGUCAUUAAGCUGCACAAUAAGAGGCUGGGUCAAAUCAACAAAAUUUGUCAAAGAUGCAUCAUAAGACUAGCAGGGAGCUUUUUGUUCUGCACAAAAUUGCUCUGCCACCGAAAGUCAAUGAAACCCGUUGGGGCGUCUGGUUUAUCGUUUUACGGUAUCUUCAGGUAUUAA